AUGUGUUUCGUCCCUCUCCGUCCAUACAAAGCUCCGCAAACGCCGGUAGAUUUGCAAACAUUUCGCUCCUCGCCCACUAGUGCACGAUUGGAGUGGAAUUUGAAGAACGGAGGAGUGAGUCCGGAGCAUUUUGUCGUGUACUACACCGCGGGGAGUGAAUUGGCCCCAUUAAAUCAAUGGAAUCGUGCACUGACAAAGGGCGAAUUCACCUUUACUGAGCUGGUCAACUUAGACCCCAAAUUGACAUAUGCCGCAAAAGUCAGUGCAGUCGAUGUGGACGGUCGCGAAAGUCUUCCAUCCACAACCGUGUACAUAUCCAAUGCCGGUCUCGGGGAUCAAAAACAACGACCAUCUCCGUCGAUUUCACGUUCACGCACCUCGCUCGGAACGCCACGUCUUGGACUACUAAAAUAUCCGGAUUAUUUUGCGGUGCGAAAUUUAAAAUGCGCCGCACAAACCUCCAGUUCCAUCGGAUUGGAGUGGAUUGGUCCGGUUGAAUUCAAAGAUCUGAUAGAGUACGAAAUUACUCUGAACGGACGCAAAGAAUUCCUGACCGAGUACGGAGUUCUCAAAGCCGUGCAUUUGGGCGAACGUCAGAUUCGUCAAGCCCACCAGCCGGCCACACGGUUUCCCAGCUGGUAUAAGACCACCUUGGAUCGGCAAACACCGGAUCAAUUGCUCCAAUUCCUUCAAGUGACCGAUUUGGAACCGUACAGUCGCUAUGAGUUUGUUGUGCGGCCGUUGUAUCAGUUACGCUCGUCCCUCGGGGGCACUGGAAGUGGUGGUGUUGGUGUGGAUCAAACCGAAGGAGUCUCCGUCACAGUGAUUUGUCACACUGACUGGAAACGACCACAAGUUGUCGAAGCUCCAGAACUGGAGGCCAUUCAUCCUCCGCUGGAUUCACAAGCUUCUUCCGGAACUCUGCUCGAAUUGCGUAUACAACGCAUCACGGAGCAAAAUGGACCGUUACACGAAUACUUUGUACUGGUAGCUCCGUACUCGUGUGCCACGGACUCAAACAUUGAUUUUGAGCAGCCACCGGAUCAAUUCAGCUUUGCAACCCUAUCCAACAAUCUGCGGAAACCGGUCACAGAAGCUGCACCCUAUCUUGCUAUUCGUGGCUCACCGAUAGAUCUGUUCAAGCCCAAUCACAAUACAGCUAUUGUCAUCCUUGGUAGUGAACAGCCUCAGCGUGUAUCACGUACAGCUGGUGAACCCAGUUUGGAGUUCUCCGAUAGUCAUACAAUCAACGGAACAGUGCGAGGUAAAAGAUCGGCAACAUUCAUCGAUUCAUUUGAGCCGUCAGAAAACCAGGAAAUCCGUGUUGCUAAUAGACCGAUUGAUUUGUCUUGCACAUACCGCGUUGCACUUAGUGCUUGUUCGAAGUAUCCUAACGGGAGGCUUUUAUGCACCUACAGUCCGUGGUCUGAACCAAUACAUCCCAAAGCAGAGGACUCAAUGACCGGGACUAACAAUGGUGUUCAAACAGCAACAGCCAAAUCCGGGCGAAUCAGGAACGCAUCCAAAUUCACUAUUCUCAUCAUAGGACUUACAUGUGGUCUGGUAUUUUUCGCACUUUUGAGCAUAAUUCUGGCCUGUGUUCUUCGUUAUCGGAAACGACAUCUGACCGAACGACACAUUCUUGGCUCGGCCACCCAAUGGGAUGCACAAUUCUGCGGGGACCUUAUGAAAUCCAUGCACGCGGAUGAGGCGGCUACCAGUUUGGCAUUUCACGGUGGAUCUAAACGCAAAGGAGUAAAACCGUUCCGUAAACGAAUUCCACCUUCUGCCCUGUUCUAUAGUUUUUCAUCCAGCGGUCUGCAUAGUCCGUCCAAUUCGAGUAUGGGACUGCAAAUGAUGCGUCCAAUGUACCCCAGUGCAGGAGGUUUGGCUGCUGUAGUUCCGGGACGUUCAAUCACUAGUCAAUCGUUACGUUCUGCCGAAAGCCCCGCCGGAACCGAUUUACUGGUAACUAAUUUUGCCACGGCUGAUCUCCCAGUGCACUCAUCCACAGAAAUACCCAAAUCGCCGGAUUGCGGUCUGAGAACCGGUGUGAUUCAUUGUGAUCACGUGAAUAGCAUCAUGGAAUGCACUGCUGUCCAACCAGGAGUUAUCGGGGCUCCGGUCGGUACGGAUGGACCAGACAGGAGAACGGAAAUGGGACCAACGAUGCCAAUGCCCACAAGUUCAAGUUUCUCCACAGACAGUAAUACUCGUAAGCAUGAAGCCUAUUCAAAAAGAAGUUUUCUUCGUGUUCACCUUAUACAUAACGAAUUAUUUAUUCGAAUUCUUGUUGAAAACCGAAAGGAAGUUUAUCGAUAUCAGCUAGCCUUCGAUAGACGCAUUCUGAGCAAUGUGCUUGUUGACCAAAACGGAUGA